AUGGAGUCUACCUAUCAGAUUACACUAUUAUUUAGAUUUAUAUUAUUAUUAAUACAAUACAAUGGUUACAUUAUCAAUGCAAUAACCAUUGAUUAUAUGUCACCACUAAGAGGAUAUCUCGAUGGAGGAAAUAUCUUUAAAAUAAACUGUGCCGAAUUUCCAUCAACUCCUAUCCUUACUGUUACCAGCUUGGAUGGUACCAAUGAAGCUAUAUUCACUCUAAACUCUGAAUUUAUUUCAUACUAUGAGUGGGUUGUACCUUCAUCGCCUGCUAUGAAAAGUGGAAAGAGAAAGAGAACAGAGAGUGCAGUCUUUAGAAUGAAAUUCACUGGUGAUCCUGGAUAUUAUAUGGAAUCAACAUUUAUUUAUGUUUCACCAGAAAUAGUAUCAUUUAGUCCAUCAUAUUAUUAUUCUGGUGCAAAUGGAAAGAAGCUAGAGAUUGAUGGUAUAGAUUUAAUAAUUGAUAAAGAUGAUAUCCCCACUGUUUAUAUUGGUAGACAACAAUGUACGGUGAUUCAAAAGAAACCAAAUAAUAUCCAGUGUAUCAUUCCAACUUGGCCAAAGCCAGCCUCUGUUACCAUUUCAGUAAGUCUCCAUGGUACUGUUACCGAAGCCAAUAGUUUGUUCAGCUAUAUAUUGCCAGCAAUAGAAUCGAUUUAUCCUGGAAGAAUUGCAUCCGGUGCCUCCAAGAAUAUUAUUAUCAAAGGAGAUAUCGUUGAUAAUGCAGGACUACCAACUUCCAUUGUUACCAUAGGUGGAAAGAGUUGUACAGAUAUCAAAUUUGAUGAAAUAAUGUCGGAAAUCAGUUGUAAUACACCAGUAUUUGAUAUUAAAGAAGGUACUCAUACAUAUUAUGAUAUUCAAGUUUCUGUUAAUGGUGUAGAUAUAACAUAUCCUGUUAUUGAAAGUAUUACUCCAGAUGUUGGUAUUGCAAGUGGUACUACCGAUGUUGUUAUUGGUGGUAGCUAUCUAGAUGAUGUAAGUGAAGUAUUCUUUGGAACACAACAAUGUAAAGUAUACAAGACUAUUACAUCUACAUCAUUCACUUGUGAAGCACAACCAUUCACUCUAGAAAUGGGGGAGACUCAUAGAUCAUUAGAUAUCCAAGUGUAUAUUGGUGGAGGAACAUUUAAACCUGAAGGUGGAGCUAAAUUUAUUUAUUAUAUUCCAGUUAUUACAUCGAUUAAUCCAACUCGUUUAUUAGCAGGAGUUGUCUCGAAACUCACUAUUAUUGGAGAUGGAUUCUUUGAUGGAUUAUCUGUAAUCAUUCAGGGUAAUACCUUUGAAAGAGAUUCUAUCAAUAAAGAUCCAACUACCAUCUAUACUGAAAUAAAUACGAAUCUACUAUCCGUUGGAAGACAAAGUUUAAGAGUCAGUAGCUCUGGUGGUGAUACACCAGAAGUAGAUAUCUUUAUUGUUGAACCAUCGAUUUCCAGUGUCGAUACACUUAGAGGCUACUUGAAUACAUAUACCCCAAUAGUAAUCAAGACAUCAGAUAUCCCAACAACCUAUCUCGAUUAUCCAGAAUCUAUUCUAUCAUUCAAGAUUGGUAAUCAAUUCUGUUUGUAUUUAAUGGUUACCGAUACCGAUGAAUAUUCAUGUACAGUUCCUCCCGGUGUUACUGUUGGAAGUGAAUAUAUAUCAAUUAUUUAUAAAAACACUGAAUAUAUUACCAAUACCCAAUUCACUUACUUUGUACCCGAUGUAACUGGACAAUCUCAAUCAAGUAAUAUUCCUUUGGGUGGAGGACAAUUGGUUAUUGAUGGAACCGAUCUAGAUGUUGUUAGUUAUGUGCUGAUUGACAAUGUACGUAUUGAUCCAACCAAUUGUAUGAUAGGAUCCACUCGAAUAUCAUGUACCAUUCCAAGACAUUCUCCUGGUAGUUUCGCUGUUGACAUGGUUGUCCAUACUUUAAAAGCCGACUUUACUCAUUCCACUGGAACUAACAUUGCUUAUCAAGGUCCAUCCAUUACACAAGUCUCUCCAAGUCAAGGAUCAAAACUACAACCAAAUACAAUCACACUUACAGGUGUAGGAUUUGGAAAUAAUAUCAAUUUGAUUGCUAUCAAUGUUGGUACACAAGCUUGUAUCAAUAUUGUUAUAAUCAUUGCAAAUUCCAAAAUUCAAUGUGAUAUCCCUGCAAUGGAUCCUGGUGUUUAUCAAGUAGUAGCAAGUAUCAGACCAAACACUGCAACACUCAUUGGUGUGGAGUCUGUUAAUGAUAUAACCUAUCGAUCUUAUUCAUUAUCUUGUUUGGGUAGACCAAAUCCUGAUGGUACAAAUAGUCCAGUCGAUUGGUGGUUCAUCUACAAAUUGUCAAAUAAAAUGAAUGCAAAUCCCAAUGAAUAUCUCUACAUGGAUGCAAAUUCCGAGAGAUUAGAGAGAUAUCCAGAUCUACAACAGAGUGCUGCCAACAGCCUGAGUCCAUUGGAAUCAACUUUUCUACAAUACAAUCAUUACAACUACAUGUUCUUUAACGAUCAACCAGGUAAUAGAAAGAGUACUGGAGAAAGAGAUUUGUCUCGUAAAGUUUAUGUUCAUGGUCAUUUCAAAGGAAUGACAAUGUUUGAAGAUCCAGAUUUAACAUUUAAUAUAAAUGGUAUACAUAUUCAACAUAGUAAUCCAUAUUUCCCAUCUUAUACAUCGCCUACAGCUACAGAUUAUAAUGAACCAUCCGACGGAUUAAUAUUCUUGGGUCUUCCGGAUUUCAAUCAAUAUUUCUUCUGUUAUUCCUUUGCCAAUUUCGAUAAUGUUAUGGAAUAUAUUUCAAAGAACGAUGGUAAUCUAUUAGACUCUUAUCGUGUUCCACCUCUAUCGACUUGGACAAACAAUGAAAGAAAUCGGUAUCCAUUCUUCUAUGAUUAUAUGGCAUAUUGGAUAACUCUACCAGAUAGAGUUCCUAAUGUUGGUAUAGAUCCACCUGUAAAAUCACAACAUGAUUUUUCAGAAGAAUGUAGAUCCGUGGUUACCUCCCAAACCGCAAUUGAAAAUAUUUGUUGGUGGCGAUCACCAGUACCAAUUCCAAUUGGGAAUAUCAACCUAAUUUACUUUAUGAAAACAUCAAUCAAUACCCCCAGGCCCAAAUUUAUUAGUGCAACAGCUACUAGACCUCUUACCUAUUCUAAAUAUAUCAUGUUGGGAGGAAAAAACACACCAAAAUAUGAUGGUCCUGAUCUAUGGAUGAUAGUAGCUGAUUGUUUCCAAAAGAAAUUAUUUAUUGAAAUGUUCUAUGCUAUUGGACAAAGACAAAUGAUACCAAAUGAACAAGUUAUGAAUGUUGGAUUAAUGGAACUUCCUCAGUAUUUAGCAAGAGCAGGUCCUUACUCUUCUUAUAAAUUAAUAGGCUCAAAGAAUGAGCAUGCCAAAAUCGGAUUCCCAAUGUAUCCAGAAUAUGAUAAUCCUUUCGCUGCAAAUGAAAAUUAUUUUUGUGUUGGUGAUAGUAAUAGACAUAGUGGACAGGGUAAACGUGGAGGUGGUGCAAUUUGUUUCCAACAUCCAACUCUUGUUUAUCAAUUUAAUAGAAUGGUUAGAACUUAUAAUACAUUCUUGAGUCCAAAUUUAAUUUCAAAAUUUGGUGAAACUAUAAAUUUAUUUUCGACCAUUGAUCAACCAAUUAAAGUAAAUAGACCAGCCACUUGGACAAAUAAUAUUCUUGUAGAAGUAAAGGACGCUAUCAAUGGAAAUUUAUAUUCUAAAAAUCCAAGAUAUUUCGAGAGUAUAACACCUUUAACAUUUGUCAAUCCUCAUGAUGUUGUACUCUUAAUUCAAUCAUUAAGAACUUCAAGAGCCAAUGUUGUUCCAGUGACAGAGAUUUCAGUGGUCCCGACAGUACAGACAAUGCCAGAACAAGACAUUAUGUAUUAUGUUUCCAACGAUAUUCUAUCACUUCAUUAUGUGGCUUUCGAUCAAGCUAUUGGAUCAAUUUGUAAUUACAAUCCAAUGAUUACAGAAUGCACAAGAAAUGUUGCUCGAACACAAACAAUUGCUCGUGUUGCAGUUCCUUUGGUUGCACCAGAUUUCCCAUCAGCAUAUAAUCAACCUUAUGGUAAUAUGAUGACUACAAGAGGCUAUGAUCUAGCUACAAAUGUAGAUUUCCAUAUCAUUAGAUUUAUUGAUAGAUUCAUGGCAUUGUUACCAAAUGCAAGACGUAACUUCUAUCCAAUAUUUAUAAACACUGCACUCAUUUCUGCUAGAUUCGAUACCAACAUUGGUAUUAUUAGAAGAUCAAGUGAUAUGUGUGGAGAAGAAAUUGCAUAUUUCAUGACACUACAAUAUAUCUAUUAUCAAUCUGGCUUUACAAAUGAAAAUGAUCUUACCUAUAAAGUUGGAAUUAAUGAUCCAAAUUGGAGUAAUGAUAUAAGUUUUAAUGAAAACUUUAAUCCAUGUAUGUCAAAUUUAUUUGAUAACUUUCCAAAUAUUGAUACUUAUUCAGAUGAUGAAAAUAUGGAUACACCAACUCAAGAUCAAUUAGUUAGAAGAAGUGCAGCUGCUGCUUGGGAUUGGAUGAAACAAUCAUACUCAAAUGGUCGUGGAGGUUCAACUGACAGAGUAGAUAAUUCUGAACAAAUUCCUGUAAAUGUUCUGAUGCAAGUUUUAAUUGAUGUAAAGCAAAUAGGUUUUAAUUCAAUGAGUGAUCUAAGAAGAUAUUUCAGUAAAUCCUAUGCUUCCAAUAUCAACUUUAACGAUAUCCUUUAUAAUAAUUUUAUUAUAAAGAGACCUGUUAUAAUUUCAGAUACAGAUAUGCUCCUUAUUACAAUGAUGUUUCCCAAUAGUUUAAUGAGACCAAUUACUACCACUCUAGAGGAUUCAUCUGAAGAUAUCAAUGAAUCAAUUCAAAAUCCAUUGUUUAUCAAUGAAAGAAUGGUUAAAUCAGGAGUACAACAAUUGUUUUCAGCAAUAUCAUCAAUGACUUUUCCCACUAUGAAUCAAUCAAGUAUCAUAGCAAUGACAUCAUAUCAAUUUGAAAGAUUGGAAUUGGCAAUAGAUAAAUGGUUAACAAUCAACAAUCAAAGUAGUGCAAUCCAAACUUUAAUUUUAGAUCCACAACAUCAAUAUCGUAAUCAACCUAUAAAGUUUAUUGAUGAAUUAAAUAGAGAUCAAAGUGGCAAUAGUAUAGAUUUGGAUGUAAAAACAACAACCUCUGGAAAUAGAGUGGCUCUAUCGACCCCACUAUCAAUAUCAUCUAUCACCUUUAUUCUCGAAAGUAUUCUAGUAAGCAAAGCAAAAUCAAAAAAGUUUGGUGAUUUAGAGAUUUUCUAUCUCUCAAAACCAGAUGAUUAUAAUGGUGAAAUUUCCCACGAUUACGAUGGAAUGGUAAUUGCAACUUUAAAUUCCCUGCUAUGUGAUAUUAGAAUGAUCAGUGAAUCCGAUUUCCUCUCUGAUCAAUUUGAUUCGCUGUGCAUUGGAAUAGGACCAAUCAUCACCUCUGUCGAUCAAAAUACUGGUUCUACCUCUGGUGGGUUUAUAAUAACUAUUAAUGGUUUAAGAUUUAAUUCAUCAUUAUCAAUUUCCAUUGGUGAAAAUCAAUGCUUAACUUGUGAAUUGAUUUCUGUUAAUCAAAUUACAUGUCAAGUUCCAAGUGGUUCUGGAUUAAACAAUCAAAUUUUACUUUCAACCUCACAAACAAUAUUCAAUCUACAAAGAACCAAAUUCCUUUUCUCCUACAACAACCCAACAAUUGAAUUAGUUGAACCAAAGAUUAUUGAUAGUGUAGGUGGUGAUAUUCUAACCAUUUCAGGAUCAAACUUUGGCAAUGACCUAACCAAUAUUAAAGUAUUGAUAGAUGAUAGACUUUCUUGUUGGCCAAUCUACAGUAUCUCUCAUCAAUCAAUUACAUGUCAAACACCAUCUGCAAUUGGAGAAUAUAGAUCAAUAUCAGUUAUUGUCAAUGGUCAAUCAACCAAACAAACCAUUGAAAAUCUAGAUAUCCAAACAUUUGGAUAUACUGGUCCAAAUAUUGUAGCUGUUAUCCCAGAAUCUGGCGAUCCAAUGGAUACUAUUGUAGUUUUAGGUUAUGGUCUUGGAAGUGUUCAAGAUUCAGAUCUUCCUCCAGUAUUAUACAUUGGUGAUUCUCAAAUUCAAUUGGAUAACUUUACAGGCGAUGGAAUCGAAUUCUUGUUGGAUUAUGAAACUUCUACACAACCAAUGACGGUUCAAGUGGGUGACCAAUCAUUUAACAGUGAAUUUACAUAUUAUCAACCUAUCAUAUCGUUAUUUAACAAUUCAAAGAUUGGUACAUCUGGUGGUCUCAUUCAAUUGGAUGGAUUUGGAUUUGGACUAUCAUCUUCUGAUAUAAACUCUCUUUUCAAUGGUAAAGAAAUUGAAUGUAAUCCUUUCGAUCAAUUUAUAGAAUGUGAAAUUCCACCUGGAAUUGGUACAAACUAUCAACUCUCAAUUUCAGUCUCUGAUCAAUCCAUUGACUUUUCAGAUAUCAACAAUACCAUUUCUUAUCUACCUCCAACAAUAACUGGUUAUUCAAUAUUCGAUACCAACAAAAUUCGAAUAUUAGGUAAUAACUUUGUACCAGAAGGAGUUUUAUUUGACACGGAAACAUCAUACAUUAAUAUAAAUCUCAAUGAUGAAACCGAAGAAAUUUGUACUUCAUUUAUAAGUGACCAAAUGAUAGAAUGUCAAUUUAUUUAUAUACCAACAUCAAUUCAAGUUUUCGUAGAUGGACAAAAUUCAAAUAUCAUAAAUUUAAAUUAA